AUGAAGACCAGCAUCCUGCUUAUGUCCCUUUGGGGGCUGUCCUGUGCUCUUCCAGUAACCAGGCAUCAACAUACUGACUCUGAGAGCUCUGAAGAAUGGAAGGGUCAUUUGGCUCAGACACAAACACCACCUUUGGAGAGCAGUGAGUCAUCAGAAGAAAGUAAAGUUAGCUCAGAGGAGCAGGUAAAUGAAGACCCCAGUGACAGUGCCGAAUCAGAGGAAGGCCUGGGCCUUCAUGAUCAUCCAUAUGUUCAUGGGUCAGCUGGUGGCCUCUCUAGGAAUGGAGGAAAGGAAGGCGAUGAUAAAGAUGAUGAUGAAGAUGACAGUGGAGAUGACACCUUUGGUGAUGAUGACAAUGGCCCAGGACCUGAAGAGAGACAAGGAGGAAACUCCAGACUCAGAAGCGAUGAAGACUCAGCUGACACCACACAAUCCAGGGAAGACAGUGCCCCAGAUACCACCAGUGAGAGCAGGGACCUUGGCAAAGAGAGCGAGAGUGAGGAGCACUGGGUGGGAGGCGGCAGUGAGGGAGACAGCAGCCACGGGGAUGGCUCUGAGUUUGAUGAUGAAGGGAUGCAGAGCGAUGAUCCAGACACCAUCAGGAGUGAGAGAAGCCACUCCAGAAUGAACAGCGCCAGUGUCCGAUCAAAAGAAUCAAAAGGGAACAGUGACGAGCAAGCAAGCACUCAGGAUUCAGGGGAGAGCCGAUCAGGGGAGAAUCCCGCUAGGAAAAGUUUCAGGAAGUCCCGCAUUUCUGUGGAAGAUGACACGGGUGAUCUUGGUAAUAGCAACACAAUGGAAGACGUCAUGAGUGACUCCGCAGAGGACACCAAGUCCAAAGAAGCUGGCCUCAGCCAAUCCAGGGAAAACAGCAAGAGUGAAUCUCAAGAAGACAGUGAGGAGAAUCAGUCCCAAGAAGACAGUCAAAAUGGACAAGACACCAGUAGUGAAUCUAGUCAAGAGGUUGACCUGCCAUCUCAAGAAACCAGUAGUGAAUCUCAGGAAGAGGUAAUGAGUAAGUCCAGGGGUGACAACCCAGAUAAUACCUCCAGUCACUCAGAAGAACUUCAGGAAGAUAGUGAGUCCAGUGAGGAGGACAGCUUGAGUACGCCCUCCAGUUCAGACAGCAAAUCCAGGGAGGAGCAAGCUGACAGUGAAUCCAAUGAGAGCCUCAAAUACUCCGAGGAAAGCCCCGAGUCCGCUGAGGACGAGAACAGCUCUAGCCAGGAGGGCCUCCAGUCUGACAGGGCCUCCACGGAGAGCCAGAGCGAGGAAAGCCAGUCUGAGCAGGACAGCCCGUCUGAGGAAGACAAUGACAGUGAUUCUCAGGACAGCAGCAAAUCACAAGAAGAUAGCAACUCUACUGAGAGCAAAUCAAGCAGUGAGGAAGAUGGCCAGUCAAAAAACACUGAGAUAGAAAGCAGAAAAUUAACAGUCGAUGCUUAUCACAACAAACCCAUCGGGGAUCAAGACGACAAUGACUGCCAAGAUGGUUAUUAG